AUGAGCGUGCGAGUCGUCGCUCGCAUCCGACCACUGCUCAAGCAGGAGCUGGAGAAGGACACAAUCGUCGAGGCUGCGACAACUGCAUCCGAACCACUGGCCACUCCCUCGAUCGUGCGCAUCCCGAAUCCCAAGAACGAGGCCGAGGCUUUCAGUUUCCAGUUCAACAGCGUCUACGACCAAGUAGCCACACAACAACAAGUCUACGACAACGAGAUUGCACCCACCGUCAAGCACCUGUUCAAGGGCUUCGACGUCACCAUCUUCGCGUAUGGAGUCACUGGAACAGGCAAGACCCACACCAUGCGUGGUGGUAAACUACUGGCAGAAAGAGGUGUCAUUCCACGAUUGCUCAGCAGCAUCUACCGCAGGAGUCGCAAGAUCGAAAAGGACUCCGACGGCGACACAACAGUCGAUGUCGCCAUGAGCUACUACGAAAUCUACAACGACCGCGUCUUUGAUCUGUUUGAGGCUCCGGAGAAGCGUACUCCUGCUGGCCUGCCCAUCCGUGACAACAACGGCAAGACGGUUGUUGUUGGCUUGACCGAAAGACCUUGCACCUCGUUGAAGGAUUUCGAGACUCUGUACGACCAGGCCAACGUCAACCGCUCUACCUCUGCCACAAAGUUGAACGCACAUUCCUCGCGCUCUCAUGCGGUUCUCUGCGUCAAGGUAACCCAAGUGACUGGCAACGAAGUCCGUGUAAGCACAGCAAGUGCCAUCGAUCUGGCUGGCUCCGAAGAUAACCGCCGCACCGACAACGGUAAGGAAAGAAUGGUCGAAUCUGCCAGCAUCAACAAAUCGCUCUUCGUUCUCGCUCAAUGUGUUGAGGCCAUCAGCAAGAAGCAAAACCGCAUUCCCUACCGCGAGUCCAAGAUGACUCGAAUCUUGUCUCUGGGCCAGAACAAUGGCCUCACUGUCAUGAUUCUAAACUUGGCUCCUGUCAGAAGCUACCACCUUGAUACCCUUAGCUCUCUAAACUUUGCGAACCGAACAAAGAAGAUUGAAGUAAACGAGGUCGAGAACAGGCCCUUCUUCCGCACUGCACCAAAGCCUGAGUCCAGAAUCGGCAUUCCCUCGAUUCCUCUGGCUAACCGCCAACCAUUGCGUCCCAAGGCCCUGUCUCACAACGUUGUCCCCAGCAGGGAGCAAGCCGAAAAGGACAAGAUCGAGAAACCAGUCAAGGCUUUCUCCGUUUAUUCCGAUAAGCCCAAAACAGCAACCAUAUCCCGACCUGGCCACCUCUCAGGACAAGGCCACCCUCGGACUGCAGAGGCACAAAAACGCACUAGUAGUGAAGCCGUGCCCACCAUCAACCGACCCUCCAAAGUGCUAAAGCCAACAGUCCCCGCCAAACCAGAAACCAUGUCUCAGCAAUCAAUCGAAGCGCUCAUCGAGAGAAAAGUAGCCGAAAAGCUCGCCGAGCAAGCCCUUUCGUCCACAAAAGCAACUCUCGCAAGCGCCGGCACCGAAAUCUCUCCUGAUGUACAAGCACGAUUGAUUGCUCUGGAGCGCAGAGUCAUUGACCAAGAAUCCGCACGUGCAGAAGGACUUCAAUACCUACUCAUGGCCAAACAACACACGGUCCGCGGAGAAGAAGUCAGCGCAUUGAAAAUGUAUCAACUGGCCCUGCCAUACUUUCCCGACAACCAAAAGCUAGCGCAGAAAAUGCUCAAGUUGCAAGAAAAAAUCACUCGCAAGGAAGAAUCGCGCAGACCCAAAUCCAGCAGUGGUGGUGUACCGUUACUCGAGGACGAAGACUACGUGCCCGAUACCCACGACAACUACUCCGCAGACGAAUCCGUAUUCACAAAACCAUCUGCACGCAACACUCGGCCCCCUAUCCGCCGCAACUUGAGCGUUUUCCGCGACGAAGCCACCACAGCACCGCCGCAGCGCCAAACCAACAACGACUCGGACUCUGAAGACGAAUUAGCACACUCACUCAUGCACGCUGGCCCGGACCAAACGCCCCGCUCCAAACACAUUCUGCGCAUCAUAAACAGCCGCGAUGUAGCGCAGAUACGCCUCCUCAAAGGCGUAGGCGCAAAAAAGGCGGAAAUGAUUGUAAAUGCAUUGUGUGAGAUGGACGAUGAAGUCAGGCAUGUAGGCGAGCUGGGCAGACUCAAGGGAGUGGGGAGUAAAGGUGUCGAGAGGAUGAGGGAGGGCUUGAUUGCCAUGGUGUGA